GUAUCCCUCGCGUGGUUUACGUGUUACAAAAAGUGAUUUAGUGAUUAUGGGUGGUGAGGAAGGUUUAGGAGUGACUACGGGUCAACCAAAUCUUUAUAAACAAGAUCUUUCAAAACUUGAUGUUAGUAAAUUAACUGCAUUAUCCCGUGAAGUUAUCAGCAGACAAGCAACAAUUAAUAUUGGUACCAUUGGCCAUGUAGCACAUGGAAAAUCUACAAUUGUAAAAGCUAUAUCGGGAGUACAGACUGUUCGUUUUAAAAAUGAAUUAGAAAGGAAUAUUACUAUUAAACUUGACACUCGUGCAGAGGACAGUACCAGAGGGGAACAAGAAGCAAAUCUUGGCUACACAAGCAAAAUGUCUACACGAGGAAAGAGACCAGCUUCUCCAGGAUAUGUUCAACCAACUAAACAUCAGAAGCUUGAUCAAAAAUUUAUUUUUCCUCAAAAAAAUAAUUAUAAUGAUAAUUAUUUCUAUGGUAAAUCAAAGAGCAGCAAUUCCAGUAAUAGUGAUGUUUUUUUUAAACAAAACAAAGAAGAAGAACGAACAAUUAACAGAAAAAAUUCGGACUAUUUGGAUAAUCAAGAAGUUAGCAUGGAAAAUGCAGAAAACAAAUCAUGUACUGAUAGUGAUAUUGAAAAAUAUAAAAUAUUUUGCAAUUUAGGAAAUGUUAAAUUGAAAGAGCUUAGAAUUAUAUUAGAAGAUAUAAAACAUAUGAAUACAAAACAUAAUACUAAAAGUGGAAUGAAAACAUUAUUAUCAGAAACUGAUAUUUGGGAAGUAGAAAAAAUUCUUGCAAAGAAAGAAAUAAAAGGUGUGCCAACUUAUUUAAUCAAAUGGAAAAAUUGGGAUUUAAAAUAUAAUACUUGGGAACCUGUAUCAAAUUUAAUAAAUUGUUCAGAUAUUUUAGAAGAAUUUGAGAGAAAUAGAUUACAAUUACUUGAAAGUUUUAAACGAAAAGUAAAUUUUUAUCCAAAUAAUCAAGAUAUUGAAGAAUUCUUAAAUUAUCUUAAGCGUGGAGGAAAGACAUUAACAUCAAUUUCAGUUGAAUCAAAUACAAUGUUCAUUAGUAUACUCAAAUUUUUGAAACAAAAAUAUGUCAAAAAUAGUAAAUUGGAAAAAGUUAUAAAACAUGAUAUUCUUCGUAUGUUAAUUAUUGAUUUAAGGAAGAAACAGUUAAAAUCUUUAGAAGAUUGGGAAAAUGAAAUGAAUAUUAUUACUAAAGGUAAACCAUUAAUACGAGUAGAGAAUAUAAUAGAUUUGGAAGGAGCACCUCAAAAUUUUUAUUAUAUAGAAGAAUAUCUACCUGGUAAUGGAGUCAUAAUACCUGAUGAUCCACCUAUUGGUUGUGAAUGCAAAACUUGUAAUUCCAAAACAAAGUGUUGUUUUGCUCAGGAUGAUGGAUUAUGUCCAUACACUUUGAAACAUAAGAUUCGAGUUCCACCUGGAACACCGAUAUAUGAAUGUAAUAAACGAUGCAAUUGUGAUAUAGAUUGCAUUAAUCGAGUAGUGCAGCGUGGCACCAAGAUGCAAUUCUGCAUUUUCAGAACUGCCAAUGGACGAGGAUGGGGUGUGAAGACUAUUAAAGCGAUUAAAAAAGGGAGUUUUGUUACACAAUAUGUAGGAGAAGUAAUAACAAAUGAAGAAGCUGAAAAGCGCGGUAAAGAAUAUGAUGCCGCUGGUAGAACAUAUUUAUUUGAUCUUGAUUAUAAUGAAUCUGAAGAACAGUGUCCAUAUACUGUUGAUGCUGCUAUAUAUGGAUAUGCAAAUGCAAAAAUUUAUAAAUGUGAUAAUGAAAAAUGUCCAAGACCAGGAUGUUAUAUAUCUGGAGGAUCAAGCAAAGAUGAUUCGUUUCCUUGUUUACGUCCAGUUUGUUCUGGACGAUUUCAACUCGUACGUCAUGUAUCCUUUGUUGAUUGUCCAGGUCAUGAUAUUCUUAUGGCAACUAUGUUGAAUGGAGCAGCUGUCAUGGAUGCGGCAUUACUUUUAAUUGCUGGCAAUGAAUCAUGUCCUCAGCCUCAAACAUCAGAACAUUUGGCUGCUAUUGAAAUUAUGAAACUAAAACAUAUUGUAAUUUUACAAAAUAAAAUAGAUUUAGUAAAGGAAGCUCAAGCAAAAGAGCAAUAUGAACAAAUUUUAAAAUUUGUACAAGGUACAGUAGCUGAAGGAGCACCUGUAAUACCAAUUUCUGCACAACUUAAAUAUAAUAUUGAAGUCUUGUGUGAAUAUAUUACAAAGAAAAUUCCAGUACCUUUAAGAGAUUUCACUUCAGAACCGAGAUUAAUUGUAAUUCGAUCAUUUGACGUAAAUAAGCCUGGUUGUGAAGUAGAUGAUUUGAAAGGUGGUGUUGCUGGAGGAAGUAUUUUAAGAGGAGUAUUAAAAGUGGGUAUGGAAAUUGAAGUCCGCCCUGGAUUAGUAUCUAAAGAUAGUGAAGGAAAAUUGACUUGUCGACCUAUUUUUUCACGGAUAGUAUCAUUGUUUGCUGAACAGAAUGAACUUCAAUUUGCUGUUCCUGGUGGUCUUAUUGGUGUCGGAACAAAAAUUGAACCAACAUUAUGUCGAGCUGAUCGUUUAGUGGGUCAAAUUUUAGGAGCUGUAGGAGCUCUACCUAAAAUUUUUAUUGAACUUGAAAUAUCAUAUUAUCUUCUUAAACGAUUGUUAGGAGUGAGAACUGAGGGUGAUAAGAAAGGAGCAAGGGUACCAAAAUUAUCGAGAAAUGAAGUUCUAUUAGUAAAUAUUGGAUCAUUAAGUACUGGAGGUCGUGUAUUAGCUACGCGUGCUGACUUAGCUAAAAUUAGUUUAACGAAUCCUGUGUGUACAGAAAUUGACGAAAAAAUUGCAUUAUCACGUCGUGUUGAAAAACAUUGGCGUUUAAUUGGUUGGGGUCAAAUUUGUGGUGGACAAACUAUAGAACCAGUUAUAGAUCGAAAAUAAUUUUAUGAUUAUUAAGAAGAUUUAAUAUAAAAAAUAAACUAAAAAUAAUUUCUACAACGUGAAAUGUUGUUUGAAAUCUUUAUAAUAAAGUAUGAAAUAUA